GGUGUGUAAAUUGACGGGCUCCACGGUGGAUCUCCCAGUGACCGGCACAUGCCCGAUCUGAAGAUCCGGGAAGAGGAGCGUCCCGAGCGCAGCGCACAGCCAACGGCUCCGAGGUCCAGGGGACAGACCGCGGGGAGGACCAGGGACACAGACACCGGCAGGAUGGCGUCAGCCAGAGAUCCAGGGACAAGCCCAGAGCAAAAAGAUGCAGCUGACCAAAACUUUGACUACAUGUUCAAGCUGCUGAUAAUCGGAAACAGCAGCGUGGGAAAGACCUCCUUCUUGUUCCGCUACGCAGACGACUCCUUCACUUCAGCUUUUGUCAGCACAGUGGGCAUCGAUUUCAAAGUCAAAACCAUCUACAGGAACGACAAGAGGGUCAAACUACAGAUCUGGGACACAGCGGGACAGGAGCGCUACCGGACCAUCACCACAGCCUAUUACAGAGGAGCCAUGGGAUUUCUGCUCAUGUAUGACAUCACGAGCGAGGACUCAUUCUGCGCUGUUCAGGACUGGCAGUGCUUUCAGUUCUUUGAAGCCAGCGCCAAAGACAAUGUCAACGUGAAGCAGGUCUUCGAGAAGCUGGUGGACGUCAUCUGUGAGAAGAUGAACGAGAGCGUCAACGGCGAUGCCAGUCCGUCAGGCGGCUCCAAGGGAGACGACCUGAAGGACACGUCCCGCAGCAGCCAGGGUGGCUGCGCAUGCUGA